GCCCGGUCUCCCGGUCCCGGCGGCCUCUCGGGCCCCGGACUUCCCUGCAGCCUCCGCGGCUCAGCGGAAGCGGCUUUGCCCCGAGUCAGGUGUCGUCGUCGUCGGCAAGGCGAGCCCGCUGCCGGGUUAGAGAAGACGCGGGAGGCGGAGACUAGCAGGCAGGCAGGGGAGGGAGAAGAUGGCGGAGGCAGAGAUUUGGAGUACACCCUGAAUUAAGAAAAAUAGUAUUGCUUCAAGCUUCUUGGUCAUCCUCCCUUCUCUCCCAACAUAUGCGUUGCAUUUUGCUGUAAGUACAGGCGGCCAUGGCAGAUGACGAUGAUACGCAGCCAUCCAUCCCAAAGAAGUGCGGUCCGUACAUUUCCUCGGUGACCAGCCACAGCCUGAACUUGAUGAUCCGCGGGAUAGUCCUGUUUUUAAUUGGUGUCUUUCUUGCUCUAGUAUUAAACUUGCUACAAAUUCAGAGAAACGUCACCUUGUUCCCACCAGAUGUGAUCACCAGCGUCUUCUCUUCGGCUUGGUGGGUACCGCUUUGCUGUGGAACAGCAUCAGCUGUGAUUGGGUUAUUGUACCCCUGCAUGGAUCGACACCUGGGAGAGCCACACAAAUUUAAGAGGGAAUGGUCCAGUGUGAUGCGGUGUGUAGCAGUCUUUGUUGGUAUAAAUCAUGCCAGUGCUAAAGUGGAUUUUGCCAACAACAUCCAGUUGUCCCUCACACUUGCUGCACUUUCAAUUGGGCUGUGGUGGACGUUUGAUCGAUCUCGAAGUGGCUUCGGCCUAGGAAUAGGAAUUGCAUUUCUUGCCACAUUGGUGACUCAGCUUCUCGUCUACAAUGGAGUUUAUCAAUACACAUCUCCUGACUUCCUUUAUGUGCGUUCCUGGUUACCCUGUAUAUUUUUUGCUGGUGGAAUAACUAUGGGGAACAUUGGCAGGCAGCUGGCAAUGUAUGAAUGCAAGGUUAUUGCAGAAAAGUCUCAUCAGGACUGAAAAAGAGCAAAGCAUACCUUUCCCAAGGAGGAUGAAUGACAGACCUGGAAGAACUGGCACCAAGGAGUACUUUAUAGUGUUUUCAAAACAGUCGUCGCCCUCUCUUGUGUCUUCUUCUGCUCUCACUCGCUGUCCCCCUUGGCCUGUUCCACCUGCAAAAGACACUUUUUACUGCAAUCUGUGAUUGCUACAUCUGUAAUUCACUUGAAAAUCCCAGCAUCUUGGUAUCUGAUCAGUGUGAAAUUCUGCUGGAAUGCAACAUGCUGGACAAGUUGUUGGUUUUUAGAUAGGAGCCUUUACUUUAUAAAGUAAGCUAGUCUUGCCAUAUACCAUCCUCUUAUUUGCAUUAUGUUCCUGUGCCAAACCAAACUCUCUCUCUCUCUCUCUCUCUCUCUCUCUCUCUCUCUCUGUUGCAUUCCUUUUUUACCUUUCCCUGGACAACUUGGGGGAUUAAAUGUUAUUAGAGUGUUUCUAUUUUAUUAUUCAUGCCAGAGUGAUGUAAAGGUGGCCUGAAAAGGCAUUGAGGACAGUAAAUCACAAAUAUAAUUCAAGGCUGUGACUUCACUUGUCCCUACCCCACCCCACCCAAAAAAUCAACAGGUUAGUUGUGUGUCAGGUACAGUUAAACACACCCAACUUGUUCUGUGUCAUGGGUUGAUUGUAUAUUGGAUGUAAAACCAACCUGGACCAUUCUGUAUACGUACAGGUGAGGCUUCUGCCGCAGUCAUGACGUCUGUGCCUGCCAUGUUCCUUUGUAAAUAGGUGCAUUCUGUUGUAGGACUCUUCAUGCAACACCAGCAGUAACACUGCUGCGAGUGCAGACAUGGCUCAGAUGGAGUGAUGCUACUGAGACCACCUGAAAAUAAGUCAUCUGUGGAUGAUAGAUCUGCUGUGGAAAUAGGAAAACCUGAACUUCUUUAAAUUCAGUGAGAUCAGCCUCUGUUUACUUGUUGGAAGUUUCACUCUUGCACUAUAUGCAUAAGUGUGGAUUCUCACAUGCAUUCUGAUGAUAGAAGACGCAAUCUGCUGUGAACUUCUCCUAUGCGUGCCCCAUUGAAAAGAAUGGAUGAGUGGAUAAUUGUCGUAUGCUACAGCAAACGUGAAAGGAUCCCAGUAGUUCAGGGAUUGGGAGCCCCUUACCCUUCAGGUGUUGUUGGACUCCAGCUUCCAUCAGCCCCAGCUAGCGUAGACAGUGGUCAGGGAUGAUGGAAUUUGUAGUCCAACAACAUCUGGCAGGCCAGAGGUUUCCCAUCCCCGCAUUAGAUUGUGCUUGGUUAAACAGACUCGAAGAAGGCCAGAGUAUGAUGCAACCUUGACACACUCUUCUUAGAGGUGUCCAUUGAGGUUGGGGGUGUGGCAGAAGGGAGAAAUGCCUUACUUGUAAUGAAGCCCUAAAGUUGUUGAUUCUUAGUAAAAAGAAUAAGUUGAAUCUGUUCUAAACUUGACCAGUUUCAUUACUUCUAUUGUCGCUCAUUUAGCUUUAGAGAGCUGCUUAUAUUCUUUUAAAGAACAUUUUCUUUUUAAAAGAAAUAUUCUGUAAAAGGGUUUUUUUUUUAGAAAAUGUGUUACAGUGACUCGAAAGGGCUUGGUCCAAAGAACCGAUGUGUUUAGACAAAAUGUUUUAUUUUUCUUUAAUAAUGUAUAUUGUUGUGUUCAUUAAAAAAAAAAAGUGGAACAGACAAACCAAGCAGCGUUUUUAAGGCUUGCAUGCUAAUAUAUGAAGAAUAUGCAAUGAAAGCUUGGGACAAAAAGAUGUCGGAAGGAAAAUGUGCAAUCAAUAAGACUUAAAGAAAAGAAAAAGCAAAUAAUAUGCAAAAUAGCAGUAACUGAGACUUCCCACUUGGUGUUGUAGCUUCCCACUGCAGCACUGAAAUGUUUCCAGUGUCGUCCUAUGGACUUAACGUUACGGAGAAAGCACUUACGCCUUAGUGUAUCUCCUUAUAUGCCCUUCCCCACACUGAAAUGCAAACACUUUGUGUAUAUCUAUAUGAUUUAAUUUUGAAGCAUUUUCUUGAAUGGUAGAAAUGUCACUUGGGAUUGUGGAGAUACUUUAAAAUUAAGUCAACAGAGAGCUUAGUAUUCCAGCAUAGCUUGCAAGUGCAUCCGUGAUCCUGCUGAUUAAUAUUUAUGGGUCAACCCAACUGUUUAAAGUGUUCGUUAAAGUUGUGGCAUGAGUAUAUUUUGAAGGCUUAAAUCUGGCAAUUUGGCCCUUGGAAAACAAAAGAGUGACUAAAUUAGGCAACAGACCAGUAAGAUGUGUGGAGCUUUUUAUGUGAACUGUACAAGAGACCUCUUACUUAGAAGUUUCUAGUCAUUUGCUUGUAUUCUCCAGGGCCUUCCCAUAGACAGGCGAGCUUGGAGCAUAUCAGCAGAGAGCUAGUAGUUAUCAAGGAGAUCACCUUCUGUUACACAUGUAUAGUCUAGGGCAACUCUUGUUGGGAGUAGAUGGUCUUGGGAGUAUAGCAGGUCUCUCAUUUCCCACAGUUGUUGCUUUUAAAUCUAGUUGACACGAAAUGUGAAAAGAAUUAUGAAGGCACGAAGAGCAAUUGUGUGGUACCUCAGUUCACAAUAUGGCAUGCAAUAGCUAAAAAAGAUGGCUGUUCAUGGCUAUGUUAAUUGAAUGUUAUGAAUACCACUGUAUUCUGUAACAGACUCUGCAAACUUUGGAGGACUUAACAGAUUUGCCACUUACAAAUCUUGCUUGCUUUUGUGUCAUGUAUUCUUUGCACCCAGCUGUAACGAGGGGGGAAAAAACAGUUUUCAUCCACCUUGCUGAAGUUCACAUGUGGUGUUAAAUCUUACAUACAUCUUCAUAUAUUUAUCUCAUCCUUUGUAUAUUAACAUGAACAUGGAGAAUAAAACCUUUUGUAUAUCGUAACUACUCACCAGGCAUCCUUGUAUACCAGGCCUUGCACUGUUUGUCAGUCAGUGAUAGAUAACACAUGGUCAGUUUGAAAAUGCCACUUGGAAUAAGUUCAGUGACUCUUCCAUGUCUUUAAGCCAAUGAUGCAAAGUCACCCCAAAGUCAUUCUUGUGGACUACUGCUUUUCUGUUGAUGAGUUGCUUUUCAUUUAACAAAACAUGCAUUGAUUUUUAUGUACCUACUAGCCAGUACUAGAAUUUUGGGAGGAGAGGUUUGUAAUGGGAAUGCCUUAAUUACAGUGGUGGGAAGAAGCAGCUACUGUAUAAUGUGUAAUUAUAAUAUUAGACUGUCUUCAAAAUGUUCUGUAGAGGAUGACUAAGAUAUAUUUUAGAUACAACUUUAUAAGCACUAUAAACUCUUCACUAGUUGUGAAUUGUAAAGGUUGAUGAUGUUUACUUCAAAUUGCUGUUAAAAGCAAAACAUGUAUUAAAUAUAAUUACAGCCUCGUUGAA